AUGGAAAAUGUGAUUAAGAUGACAUGCUUGAAAGAUGAUUUAGAGAAACAGAGAAUACGUUACGAGAUUCUUCGAGAAUUAGAAAAGGAGAAAAUACGGGACGACAAGGGUGCUGGUCUUUUCUCCCACUGUGCAAACUUGAAGAAUCUCACCAUAACACAUUGUAGACUGGUGGGCUUGAAGAUCCAUGGGCUCUAUUGUCGGAUCUGUGACUCCAUGGAAGAUGUGAUUAAGUUGAAGGAGAGAAUGGAUUCCAGGCAGCAUGUUGAUAGACUAAGCAUGUUGCCGGAUGAACUUAUCCAUAAGAUCUUCACGUUUACUAGCCUCAAGUAUGCGAUUCAAACCACUGUUUUGUCGUCUAGAUGGAGGUCUAUCUGGACUUCAAUAGACUUGUAUUCAGCCAGGCUUAGUUUGUAUGGAACGGUUAGGGAGACGCUGGUCAAGGGAGUUCUUCACUACGCGUUCUCUCGCAAUGUCCAAGAACUAACCGUUACAUGUUUGCUUGAUGACCCAAUCAAUUUCCCUCUUCAUCUCUUUCGUUCCCAGUCUCUCAACUAUCUUGGGUUAACUGGAUCCAAUAGAGGUAUGUUUUCGUUUGUUCUCGUAUCAACAUGGGAUCUCCCGGCUCUAACAACAUUGCGUCUUGAUCACGUCACGUUUGAUAAGGAUGAUGAUAACGGCAUUGCUCUUUUCUCCAACUGUACAAACUUAAAGAGUCUCACCAUAAGUGACUUUGCAGUUAAGGAAUCGAAAACUUUUACUCUUAGCCAUCCUCGACUGUCUAAUCUCACACUUGAAGAUGGACAUUGGACACUGAAUGAUGUCAGUGUGGUUGCACCUCAACUCGAAAAUCUUACUAUAAGAAGUUUCCAUAGCCAUCAUCUGAUCACCGCACCCAACCUUACUACCUUGUGUUUCCGUAGUUCUUAUCUCUUGCAGUUCUCUACGAAUAUGCAUUCUUUGGAGAAGGUGGAUUUUCAUAUUUACUCUGCACACAAGUGGACCGGUUCUAGAAUUGCCACUCUGCUUCAACAGAUCCGCAGUGUCAAAUUUCUUACGCUUAACUUGAAAUUUAUUAAGCUUCUUUUUUCAUAUAUGGAAAGAGUCUUUCGUCAACCUUCUCCAUUUACUAACUUGAAGAGUUUAAAGAUUCAUCCAGAUCGCGUAGAUAAAGAAGAUAAGAAAGUAAAUGUAUCUACUCAAGUCAUAAAGUAUUUGCUAGCUGGUUCUCCAACCGCGACCUUCACAAUGAUCUCGUAUGAGGAAUUUAAGGAACAACAGCAGAAGGCUCAAGCUUUUGCGAAUACUGAGAGUCGUAUGGAUCAAAGGAAACCACCAGUUAAGAAUGCUACAAUGCUGAAAAUCCAGCUAAGUGACUGCUUAAAUGAGCUUGAUACAAUAUCACUGACGUCUUCUUAG